AUGGUUGUUAUUACAGGAGCAAUAAUUGCUUACGGGUUAUGUACGUUCUUUGUUGGGACUUUGGUUGGGGGAGGGGUAGGGGUUCUGACCAGGCAAGCCUCAGAGCUUGAGACAGCAAAACUUCGAAUAGAACAGGCAGCCAACAACAUCUCGGGAGAGAGAAUUUUAAUAUCAGAGCAUCUCAACGUGAUAGGGGAACGCGCGAUGAAUCUAUCAUUUCAAGUAGAUGAUAUGCUGCGCAACCUGAGCAGGAUUGACACAACCACAUCUAUACCUGGUUUUAGUCCAUUUCCUGCGACCAUGAGAAUUGUGCCCAAUGCUCACUCGGGAUAUCACUUGCACGGCUACAGAUUGAAGACGAAUAAAAAUAAAAAUAAGAACAAGAAUAAGAACAAAGAACUCGAAGAUGAUGCCUCGAUUAAUACAACAAAUACGUCACUGUCGAAAUUCAAAAUUAGGGUGCUUGAAUCAGGGGUUAUAGCUCCUGAAUUGGGUAUUGUUAUGGAGCAGACGGGAUCUUAUAUGGAAUAUUCCGGAUAUAUAUAUGUUCCAAUAAUAUACCACAUGUCACAUCUCGCAGAGUCUGGCUUAGUUGGUAAAGGGGAGACAUGUAAUACCACGGCUAAUUGGGAGCAUCAGAAUUUAAUCGUUCAGCUCCUAAAAGAAAAAAUUGGAACCUUGAUCCCCCAGAAUCACAAGAGCCGAUCGAAAAGAUUUAUAGAGGCAAUAUUACUAGGUGGGGCUGCAGCAUGGAAUCGUGCUUCCAUUUGGUCUCUCAAAGACACCGUCGCUUCUCUAGACAAUCAAAUCUCUGAGAUGAGGAGGCACAGCCAGAUUGUAGUCAGUAGUAUAAAUACGUUGGUGGAUAAUCAACAUGCUAUCCAUCACUCAGUUGAUAGACAGGCAAGGAUCCUUCGAGAAUUCAUGGAGAGAACGACUUGCACGGAGCUAUUGACAAAUUAUUUUAGAGAAGUAUAUUCUACUUGGUUGUCGCUAGCACCGAAUGAUUUUGCGCGAGUUGUCGAUAGUGCACUAUCUGGAAAGAUCACCCCAGAUCUCCUCCCUGCAACAGAUGUUUUAUCUGUUUUGUUAAAACACCCUGCUAUGGUGUCUACGGCCUACUCGAAGGACAUGACACUAUUGUAUGAACUAGGAAAAUUUUCACUGCACCAGGUCAAUUAUGACCCAUAUCCAAUGGUAUCAGGUGUCAUGAUAUUCCCAAGAAUUUUGAUGGACCGAUCUGCUGCACUAAUGAGAAUUCAUACUACACAUGCAGCAAUCGAUGGCGGAUAUAGAAAGCUUAAAUUACCCGAUGUUGUGGCAUGUAAGAACCGCCAGGACUGUUGGAUUAUCUCUCCGACAGCCUGUAAGGAGAUGCUCACAUUGACAUUGUGCCCUAAAACCACCAGGAUUGAGUUUAACAGCUGCAUCAAAAAUAUCAUGGAAAACAAGAAGAGUCCAUCUACUAGCUGUGAAUGGAAGCUGUCUACAGAAUCGAAACCCGAAGUUGUACCGUUUGACGGAGGGGUUCUCAUUAGCGCAUCAAAUCUUAAGGGAGAGAUUAUGAUAUCCCAAGGGAAAGAACUGAUAGUUCAUAAGAACAUGGACCCAAGUCCUAUCCCUACAGUCCUCACCUCAGAGGAUGGAGAUUACCUUCAUAUAGAUGGUCAAAUAUAUCAACUGUCUCAGGAGACAUUGACCACCGGAUAUGAAAUAGUAGUGAACCUGACUCUCCCCAUACAGAGAGAGCACAUAGGAGAUUUGUCCGUAGAGGGAUGGGUUGACGAAUCAGAGAUUCCUCAGUUGAGAUUGGCGCCCUGGACUCCGCCUCACCAUUAUACCUGGUGGAUACUAGUCGGCGUACUGAUUACAAUUGGUGUCUUAACCAUUGCGUUAAUCCGGUAUCGGUCCGCAGUGAAACGACUCCAUGCUCGGGUAAAGAAUGAGAUAUCAGGGUGGGUCACGGUCCCUCAGGCUCCUUCAUUUCACCCAGGGAGGCCAACUGCCUCGGCUCCCAAAUUCGACCUAACGAUC